CGCGCACACUUCCGGCGUCGCCUGGCAACCCUUGACAGUGGCGGCCGUUCAAUUCCGUGAAACAAGAUGAAGCGGGUAAACCAUCUGAAGGAGGCGCUGUGCGCCCUGUGCCGCAUCUUGUCUGCCUCGGGUUCACACUGGGAUCCUGAAACGUUGCGGAAGUCUAAGUUUAACCGGCCAGAGGCGGCAUCGACGUUCUGGAAUCUGCUGUACUGCUUGCUGAGGCAAAUCUCUCCAGGCCGGCCGGAUUCAUCGCCUCCAGCACAUGAGAAGAUGACCCCGGGCGAUCGUGUGAGAUACGUGAAAGGCGUACUACAGAUCCAAGGCUACGGAAGGCCGGCGUUUUACCGUCUCCCUGAUGAUGGUCACGAGGGCAGCAGGGAAAUACUCCUGGCCUUUUCGUGGCUCUUGCAAAAAGUGAAGAUACUUGAAAAUCUUUUGGAGAAGAAGAGAGUUAAAGUAGGAGACCACAUUACCAUCUGCGUGUGUCCUCAUGAUGCAUCAGUCCAAAAAUGUAAAGACCACUCUUCAUCCUGUAAACAAGAGACGGAUAUCCGAUUCCUUCAGUGGCUGGACGGCAAGCUGCGAUUUUGCUGGAGAUCUUUACAUGCAGCCCAUCUGGAGGAAUGCGCUGUUUUAUAUAAGAUCCAUUCGUAUACUCGGGGUUGCCACAUUGACAAAACCACCGGUCAUUUGUCGGCCAUGGAAACAGCGCUUCUUCGACAACCCAAAAGCUGUGAUAAGUUGCUGCAAGCUAUGGAGUCGGAGAUGUCCUACCUAGAAGCCUACGUGGGGUGGAAGCAUGUAGAACCUGUAUACUGGCAAUGGAUGGACACGGUCUUGGAGUCUGCUUGUGAAGCCGAACAUGACUUCUCUGUUCCGAAUAUGAACCCAGUAUGCACAUUUGUCACAAGUCGUUCUCAAGCACAGUAUAUACCUCCUGAUAUAAAGGUGCUAAGCAAGUGUAUACGUGAUACACAAGAGCAGCUAGCUGUGCUCAGGAGUCCACGAGAACAGAUGAAAGAAAUGGAAACAGAAUUUAGUGAAAAGGAGCUGAAGAAAAUCAAGCACGAGGUAAAGAAGAAAAUGGAGCAUUGUAAACCCCAGGGUGCAGAAGCCAAAGAUAUCCACGGCUCAUAUAGACUUCUCCUUAAAGAACACAAGUCUGUGAAUAAGGACUGUUCGAUGAAUGACGUUCAUGUCAAUGAGGUGACAAAAUGUCUACAGUCCGUCAUACAUAAGAUGGAAGCGGAGUAUUGUGAACUACAGGAUCAGUGCCGGAAAAGAUUGGAUGACAUCACUGAAGAGCUUCAAGGGAUCGUUUGUAUUCCGCCAGCCAAGAGUAAUUUUUCCAUUUUGUAAUAAAUGAUGGCGUA